GCUAUUAAUAAAGAAAUGGCAGCAAAGCAAUUGGGAAAAGUUCAAGGUAAUUGAACAAAGUUAAUGUGGUUUUACAAAAGGGAGAUUCAGUUUGACGAAACCAGUUGAGUUGUUUGAAGAAGGAACUUGUGUGGUGGACGAAGAGGAAACCGGUGAAUCCCUUGUACUUGAUUUCCAGGAGACAUUUGAUGAGGUGGUGCAUCAAAGCUUAUUGUGGAAAAUAAAACUCAUGAUUCAGAGCCGAAUGGUUACAUAGAUAAAUGGAGAAGAUGUUGGAAGAAUUGUACUAAUCAUCUUGGCUGUUCAUCCUUGGACUACGAGAAAGCCGAUGAUGAGAUGUCUAGCACUGCAAAUACAGAGUCGGAUCAAGCAGCCAGAGUUAUUAACAUUAACCUACCUCAGAUAACUAAAUUUUGUGAUAAUCAUAUCAGCACAGCAAAAUACAGCGUGAUAACAUUCCUGCCUCGCUUCUUGUAUGAACAGAUCAGAAGAGCUGCAAAUGCAUUCUUUCUCUUUAUAGCCUUAUUACAACAAAUUCCAGAUGUGUCUCCCACAGGAAGAUAUACAACUUUGAUGCCACUUAUCUUCAUCCUCUCCAUUGCUGCCAUCAAAGAAAUCAUCGAAGAUUAUAAAAGACAUAAAGCUGAUAAUCAUGUCAACAAGAAGAAAAUAAAAGUUUUAAAAGAUGGCAAGUGGGAGACGGUUAUUUGGAAAGAGGUUGUGGUAGGGGAUUUUGUAAUGGUCACCAGUGGACAACGUCUUCCAGCUGACAUUCUCAUUGUCUCCACCAGUGAGCCACAGGCAAUGUGCUACAUUGAAACGUCAAAUCUGGAUGGUGAAACCAAUCUCAAAAUAAGACAGGGUUUGCCAUCGACUGCAAAUGUGCAAUCCACUGCAGAUUUAAUGAAAAUGUCUGGGAAUUUGGAAUGUGAUGCUCCCAAUCGACAUCUCUAUGACUUCACUGGCAAUCUCCGAAUUGGGGACCAUCGCCCUGUUCCUGUAGGACCCGACCAAAUUUUGUUGCGAGGUGCGCAACUGAAGAACACGCAGUGGAUUUAUGGGCUUGUAGUAUAUACCGGACAUGAUACAAAGCUGAUGCAGAAUUCAACUAAGGCACCAUUGAAGAGAUCCAACGUUGAAAAAGUUACAAAUAUGCAGAUUCUGAUUCUGUUCUGUAUUUUACUGGUUAUGUCCCUGGUGAGCGCUGUGGGCGCUGAGAUUUGGAACAAACAACACAAUACUUCUGACUGGUACCUGAACAUGAGCAGUGGUACCACACCGAAUUUUGGGUACAACCUUCUCACCUUCAUCAUUCUAUACAACAACCUUAUUCCAAUCAGUUUGUUGGUAACCUUGGAAGUAGUUAAGUUUACACAGGCUCUUUUCAUUAACUGGGAUAUGGAUAUGUAUUUGUCAGAAACAGAUACACCAGCAAUGGCCAGAACAUCUAAUCUGAAUGAGGAGCUUGGCCAGGUAAAAUACUUAUUUUCAGAUAAAACUGGCACAUUAACUUGCAACAUCAUGGCAUUUAAGAAAUGUUCCAUUGCUGGAAUUGCAUAUGGUCACAUCGUGGACUCUGAUGCAGAACGGUCUUCGGAUGAUUUGGGACACAUGUUUACUUCCAAAGAAUCAGCUGAAUUUGAUGAUCCAACAUUAAUAGAUAACAUCGUCAAUGGGCAUCCAACUGCCAAUGAAAUCCAGGAAUUUCUCAUUAUGAUGGCAAUUUGUCAUACAGUCGUUCCUGAAACAGAUGGCAAUGAUGUUAAGUACCAGGGCUCAUCACCAGAUGAAAAUUCAUUGGUAAAAGCGGCAAAGAAGCUUGGAUUUGUUUUCACUGCAAGAACGCCAGAUUCUGUCGUUGUAGAUGUUAUGGGAAAGGAGCAGAUAUAUGAGCUUUUGAAUGUUCUGGAAUUUUCCAGCAACAGGAAGCGAAUGUCAGUGAUUGUUAGGAUACCAUCUGGAAAGAUCCGACUAUACUGUAAAGGAGCAGACAAUGUCAUUUUUGAAAGACUUUCUGAAUUGUCAAAUUACAGAGUUCAGACAUUGAAUCAUCUUGAUCAGUUUGCUGCAGAAGGUUUAAGGACAUUGUGUUUUGCAUAUACUGACCUGGAAUUUCAUGAUUAUAAGCAGUGGGCACAAAUUUAUCAUGAAGCCAGCACAUCUCUUCAGAACAGAGCCAGCAAGCUUGAGGAAUGCUAUGAACUCAUUGAAAAGAACAUGUUGCUACUUGGAGCAACUGCCAUUGAAGAUCGUCUUCAGAAUGGAGUCCCUGAAACCAUCUCAACGUUAAUGAAAGCUGGAAUUAAAAUAUGGGUCCUUACUGGUGAUAAGCAAGAGACUGCAAUUAAUAUAGGUUAUUCAUGCAAGCUUUUAAGCCAAAGUAUGACACUGCUAAUAGUGAAUGAAGAUUCUUUGGAUGAAACUAGGGACACAAUUAAUCGUCACUGUGAAGACCUGGGUGAAUCCUUGAAGCAAGAGAAUGAACUUGCCCUUAUCGUGGAUGGAAAUACAUUGAACUAUGCUCUUUCAUAUGAAGUUCAAAAUUCAUUUUUAGAUCUGGCUUUAUCUUGUAAAGCUGUUAUCUGCUGCAGAGUCUCACCUCUCCAGAAAUCAGAAAUUGUACAAAUGGUUAAAAAGAAUGUUAAUGCCAUCACUCUAGCGGUUGGAGAUGGAGCCAAUGAUGUGGGGAUGAUUCAGACUGCGCAUGUUGGAAUAGGAAUUAAUGGCAACGAAGGCUUGCAAGCCACCAACUCCUCUGAUUACUCCAUAGCACAGUUUUCGUAUUUAGAAAAACUUUUACUGGUCCAUGGAGCCUGGAGUUACAUUCGAGUGACAAAGUGCAUCCUCUACUGUUUUUACAAAAAUGUGGUGCUAUAUAUAAUUGAGCUUUGGUUUGCAUUUGUCAAUGGAUUUUCAGGACAGAUUCUCUUUGAGCGAUGGUGUAUCAGCCUCUAUAAUGUAAUUUUCACUGCCUUACCUCCCUUCACAAUGGGCAUUUUUGAAAGGACUUGUAGCCAAGACAACAUGCUGCGAUUCCCACAACUUUACAAGAUUUCCCAGAAUGCCGAUUGCUUCAACACAAAGGUUUUCUGGGGUCACUGCAUAAAUGCUUUGAUCCAUUCCAUCAUUCUCUUCUGGAUUCCACUAAAAACACUUGAACAAGAUACAAUUUUUAUGAGUGGAUAUGCUAUGGACUACUUAGUUCUUGGGAACAUUGUUUAUACAUAUGUCGUUGUAACUGUAUGUUUGAAAGCUGGCUUUGAGACAACUGCAUGGACAACGUUCAGUCACUUGGCAGUGUGGGGCAGCAUAUUGUUGUGGUUGAUCUUUCUGGCUGUCUACUCUGUUUUCUGGCCCACCAUACCUCUAGCACCAGAUAUGCUUGGACAGGCUGAGAUGAUCAUGAAAUGUGCAGCAUUCUGGUUUGGACUGAUUCUUAUGCCCAUUGCCUGUUUGUUAAAAGAUGUAUUUUGGAAAGCAGGCUGGCAUACUUACCGUAAGACUUUGUUGGAGGAGGUUCAGGAGCUAGACGCUCGAUCCCAAGAUCCUUCGAAGGCUGUAUUGCGUGAUUUCAGUGCAAAGAGCCUGAAUGAGCGUGCCUAUUUGCUGAAGAGGGUGUUUAAGAGAAGUUCUUCAAGCCUUGCUCGGGCCCAGCCCAGUUAUCGUGUGUCACAUGGAUAUGCUUUUUCUCAAGAUGAAAAUGGUGUGGUUUCACAAAGAGACUUAAUCCGUUCAUAUGAGACCCGCAAAGUGAAAUUAACUGCAGACUGAUCAGAGUUACCUUCUUCAAGUGUUGGACUGAUUGGCAAUUCCCGAGCGUGCUGGUCAUCAGUACUGUUCGUAAUCAGUGACACCGAAGAGAAAAAAAUCUUUUUACUUGUGGCCUUAGCCAAAAAGAUGGAUUUAUGUAGGUACUCUGAAAUUUAAUCCUGUAUUUUGUGUUGCUGUUUUGGUCAGACUGAAAUAAUGUUAUAUAUAUGAAAUAUAGCUGCUUAUAAAAAGUAACUAUUGAAAAGAGUGCUGUGCCUUUAGGUGGAAUGGAACAAAACUGCCACUUCUUACCCCGCACCCUCCCUCCCAACCCCUCAAAA